AUGAAAUCUAUUAUUCUGAUUGCCCUCAUUGCUGUGGCCUUCACAGCUAGAGUCUAAGAGAGAAACAUGGCCAAAGUUUAAGCUGAUUUGGCUAAAAGCAAUUAUGGAAAGGCUUUGCUCCAUUUGGUUGAGUUACAUUCAAUGGCUGGAGGACCAGUUUAAGAAUUGAUUGAUGCUAUUGAAGAACUCAUCAAUGAUUUAGAAGAAGAGUUAGAAGAAUUAGAAUUCAAUUUCUAAAUAAGAACAAACGAACACAAUGCCUUAGUUGUUUCAUUAGAAUAAGAUAUCUAAGAUGCUGUCAUUGGUAAUAUAUAAUAUAUGAAUAUUUUAGAUGUUAACAAUACAUAAGAUACUUUAGAUAAUCUUUUAUAUCCAAGAAGAGCUUAAAUUUAAGAUAAAAUUGACUCUGUUCUUGGUUAUCAAGAAGACAACAGAAAGAAUUAUGAUGAGGCUAUCUUAGUUAGAGAAUAAGAACAUGAAGCCUUUGAAGCAUAAGUUGCUGAAUUGAAUGAUGCUACAGCUUCAGUUGAUGAUGCAUUGGCUCUCCUUGCUUCACUUACAAAUCCAUCCUUAUUGUAAAUCAGAAGAUUCUAAAAUACACUUAAAAAUAUUGAAAAUAAGAUCAGAUCAAGAUCCAGAAUGGCUCCAAUGAUUAAGGCUUUGAUUAGUUUAGCAUCAAAUCAAAACUUCUCCAACUAAGACGUAUUGAAGAACAUUGUUGAUGCUCUUAAUGAUUUCAGAAAUGCUGUUGUUGAUUAAAUUAAUGAUUUGACAGCAUAAGAAGCCUAAGAUGUAGUUGAUCAUGAAGCUUACCUUGAAUAAUUAGAUGAUGAACAUCGUGAAUUCUAAAGAUAAAUUGAUAGAGCAACAGUAGAUUUGACUGCUACUAAUGGUAAAUACAUUUGAUUUAUUUUUCUAUAGAGAAAAUUGAUUCAAUGGUUGAAUUCAGAGACUAAAGAGCUGCUGAUUAAAAAUAAUACACAGCUGAAUUAGAAUUAGAGAAUAAUACCUAUGCUGAAGAAACUGAUAUUUACACUAAUACCAAGAACGAAUUUACCAGAGAAUUAGGAGUAAGUGAGUAAGCUUUGGCACUUGUAAAGAGUGUUGACUUCUCAAACAUCAAAGUUUGAU